AUGUUGUACUGUUUCAGUACUGUUACAGAACUUGAGCACGAGGUUCAUGUCAAGAAGGUAUUAGAACGGUUACGUAAAGCCGGAUUGCAGGCAGCCAUCCACAAUCGUAUAGCAGCGCUCCUAUAUCGACUCACGCGGUUAGAUGUCCCAUUUGUGUGGGGAGCAGCCUGUCAGGAAGCUUUUGAUCGACUGAAGGUGUAUCUUGUCAGCGCUCCUGUACUAGCUCAUUACCGUCCGGAGUUGCCCACUCGUGUGGAAACGGAUGCAUCAGACGGAGUGGUCGAGGUAGUAUUAUCUCAAUUACAGGAUGAUGGAGAAUGGCAUCCAGUGGCUUACUACUCUCAUACGAUGAUCCCAGCUGAGCAGAAUUACGACAUCCACGACAAGGAAAUGCUGGCCAAUGUAAAGGCUUUGGAAGAGUGGAGGCCCAAGCUGGUGGGACUGCAGCACACCCUGACGCGCCGAGAGGGAGCCGAUCGAGAAAAUAAUCUCGAACAUCGCCAUCAGACCCUCCUUCCCCGUGAGGUAUUAGACUCGGAGAUCGUGCAAGAGCUAGGAAUACCGGGGAUAGCAGCUAUGGACGCGUCGGUCGACAUUAUCUCGAGAGUGAUCUUAACGAACCGUGACGCGGCCGCGUCGGACGUUUAUCAGACGUUGGUUGAGAAGCACAAGGAUUGGUCUAUAUCUGACGGCAGAUUGCUUUAUCAAGAUCGAUUGUAUGUGCCGGAUAGUGGUGACUUGAGAGCUAGGUUGUUGGAUGAGGUCCAUAGGCAGCCGUCAAUAGCGCACCCUGGAAAGAACAAAAUGAAGGAGUUGGUCAAGGAACGCUUUUAUUGGGAGACCUGGAGCACGAAUGUUGACCGUUAUGUGGAUAACUGCAUGACGUGCAAGCGCACGAAUACCCGGCGGGACUUCCCUCCUGGGUUGCUUCAACCUUUACCAGUUCCUACGAGGCCUUGGCAACACGUUUCUAUGGAUUUUAUGACGUAUCCUGCCGACAAGACAAUAUCCGGUGUCAAUACCGUGCCACAAGACUGUCACCGCACGGGACUUGGCCAGCUUUGGGUGAAGCACUUGUAUCGACGUACGGGAGCUCCGGAUACCAUCGUGUCAGACCGAGGACUGCAGUUCAUUUCUGAAUUCUGGGGUGAAGUCUGCAAGAUAUUGGGAAUCAAGAUUGUGUUGUCGACAGCAAACCAUGCACAGACAGACGGUCAAACGGAGAUCGCGAAUCAGUAUCUAUCCCAGAGACUCCAUCCUUACGCAGAAGGACCGUUUACGAUUAUCGAGAAGGUUGGGAACUCGUUCAAAUUGGAUUUGCCGGAAGGUCUUAAUGUUCAUCCUAUCUUCUCUCCGGAUAAGCUCCGGUUAGCAUCCCGCUCGGAGCCUUUUCCUGGACAAGUUAUCGAUCCUUCGCCACCGGUUUUGGUGAAUGGAGAGCAAGAAUGGGAGGUUCAGGAGAUCUUGGAUUCCCGCCUCGUUGGAGGAAGCUGUAUUACCGCGUACAGUGGUUAGGUCAUGAUGCCG